UUUUGAAGUGUUUUUUUUUUGUUUCAAAAUUUAUUUAUUUAUUUAUUUAUGUAUAGAUAUAUUUAAAGUAAGUGGAGAAAAUGAGAGUGGUUGUUGAAAAUCACAAGGCAAAUUUAGUCUAACUCUUUUCUAGCUAUUCUAUCUGAACCUCACACCUAAAUUUGGGGGAGCCCUGUUUUUUUGACCCAUUCCCUUCUCCUUAGAUUGUGUCUUCAUAGAUUUUUGGGGAAAUGGCAGUCUCCCCUUUAUUUUUAGAAUUUUUACACUCUCUUUUACCACUAUUAUAAAUUACCAUUCACUCUUUUCCUUUUUGCCUUUUUUUUUUCUUUCCAAUUCCCAAAUUCUUUCCAUUUCUGAGGUUUUUGCUUCAUACAAUCGCAUGGUUUCUGUUCUGUUUCAGGUGUGCCCAGAAUCUUCCUAUUCUAUGCUACGAGAACUUCAAGUGACAAUUGGUUCGAAAGGAAUCAAUUUGACUAUUUGAGCAAGAACUUGGAAAAUGGUUUAGUACUUUCCUUUUCUGCGUUGAGAAAUAUAUUCUCAAGGAAGCAAUACAGCGAAAGAUGCCUUGUGCCCAUCAACAAACCCAUCAAGAUAAUCAGAAAGUCUCAGAGGUAGGAAAGGCUAACCGCUCCAAGAAUUCUUUGCAGCUGAAUGAUUCUAGAAGAUCAUCAGAGGAUUCUGGAAUUUCUUCUUUCAAUUUGAGGAACAUUGGUCAGAGGUGUGCCAUUUUGACAUUACCUACACUUGGAUCUGAUGGACAAUGGAGAAUUGUUGCAAUACCUUUGCAAUAUCUGGAUCACAAUAACCUUUUCGGAUCUGGAACUCACCUGAAUAUGAAUAGCAUGCACCUGGUUUCCUCUCCGUUGAUUAAUUCAGUUAAGGUUGAUGGACGGAAGACACAGAAAGGGCCUCAGCCUGAGGUUACUUAUUCUGCCAAGCUAUGUAGAGCCAGAAGUUUCUCUGGAUCCAAUAUGCAGCAUCAAUUUCGCACCAGGACUGUUGCAAACAAAAUGACUAAAUUGAAUGAUGUGGCCAACAAUUCUUCCUGUCAGAGUUCCGUCACUUGCAAUGAUUCUUCUGUUUUUAUGCCAAAAGGAUCUACUGCUACUAAUCCAUCUGCUUUGUUCGUCGAUUGUUCUGAGGAAGACAAGUCUACGAAGAGAAAUUCCCGAAAGAAGGCAAAAAAGAAGGGAAAACAUAGAAAGAAACAUUUGUGUGAUGUUAGCUCCACAGCAUCAGAAGUUUGUUCUGAGUAUACACAUGGAAGUUCAGCAUCUGAAAUCUGUUGUAACAAUGACAUGAAUCAGGGUAUAGUAGUAUCAUGUGCAACUUCACCUUCUAAUGGUUUGCUAAAUAUAGUGGAUUUUGCAGACAGCAGCAAUGGUGUUAUUACAAGUUUUGAAUCACCAAAUAUAUGCAUAUCUGACAUUGAUCAAGUGGAUAUGACAGAAUCUAUUGUACCUUCUCAAGUUCAGAAGUUGCCUAGUGAGUAUCUUAUUAAUGAUUCUGAAAUUGGUAAAGAAGAGCAGCAAUUUUCCAGGUCUCAAGGAGGUUUAGAGAGGAGAUAUCCGUCACAGGUGGGCUCUCUUGAUUGUAUACAUCAGGAGGAUUUCUCUGAUUUGCAUGAUUCUUUAGUGUUGGAUUCAGUUUCUGUUGGUUCAAACAGUGAAGAGAGUAUGAGUGCUAGUCAUAUUGUUAAGCCAUUUGAUAACAGCCAUGAAAAUAGUCAAUCAGAGUCAUCCGGUUCCAAUACCAAGGAGGGACCCUUCUAUCAUCAAAACUCAUUAUGUAGCAUUUCAGAAACCCAUGAUUAUACUCAGGGACCAAAGCAUGGUCUGGAUUUUAGCAGCUGUGAUGUACAAAUGGUUGCAUCAGGCAAGAGGGGUAAGCAGUUUAAAUCAGUUCCUGCGAGUUCAAGUACUUGCAAACUUGGAAGUAUAGGAAACUUGCACGGUGGAACGGGGACAGAGAACAGUCAUUCCGUUUGGCAAAGGGUUCAGAGGAAUGGUGUAGAGAAGUGCAACACUGAGCAGAAGAAAACAAGUCCCAUUUGCUCAGGGUCUGAUGUUACUUCAAAGGAUGCUCCUUUACUGAAAAGAAGUUCUAAUGCUGCCAAUGAAACAACCUUAUCUAGGACUAAUGAUAAAAGGAAGUUAAAAGAUAAGGUUCCUAGGAAGUUGAAAAGAAAAGUUAGUCCAGCUUCAAAACAAGAAAAAAGCAGUUGUUCGAGGAAGGGGUCUCAUCCCAACAAGGUAAACUCCAAUGCUCAUGCAAAGACUAGCAGCAUGCAAAAAAAUGAAAUGUUAGAUGUUUUAACUGCUCUGAAUGACCAAAGAGUAAUUAAAAAUGUUUCAAGGUCUUGUACUCAGCUUGGUUUUGCGAGGGUUGAGACCGUGAAAUCUGAAUCACUUAGCAACUUACCAGUUAGUCCAGGCGGCAUGGAACCAUGUGAAAGUGUCUCUGAUGCUGCUCCUGGUUUGAAUAAUCAAUGUAUAGAGAAUCAAGACAGCUUGUUGAAAAAGUCAUGUGUCCCUUUGGACCAGCCAAAUUUGCAUGAGGUGCGAGCUCCAGUGUACCUCCCUCAUCUGAUGGUGAAUGGUGUUGGUCGAACAGAGAAAGAAAUUUCUCUUGCAGAAAAUGGUAAGCAAAGCCAUAGUUCGGGCUCUGUUCUGCAGAAAUGGAUACCUGUUGGGAUAAAGGAUCCUGGAUUUCCAACAUCUGCUAGAUCUGCCAGUGUGUUGAUGGAACAUUCUAAUGGGCCAGAUGCUGAAGAUUGGGCUUUCAAAAAUAAAUUUGAAGAGAAAGUUGCUCCCUUUGCUCAGAAUCUUUCUUCUUCAGUUGAUGCUGGAACAAUGUGUAGCAUUGGUAAGGAUUCAGGACAUGCAAUUAGUUCUCCUGAAAAUGAUAACCAUAUUAAAAAUUUGAGGGAUCUUAAUGCUUGCAUAAAUGAAAAUGAAAACAAGCAUAAUGGGGCCAAUUUCUUAAUAGAUGAAACUAAAGAACAAAAUUUGUCAGCACUUGCAACGGAUUUGAACAAGAUAUCUAAGUCAUUGAAUGAUGCCUAUAGAGCACAAUUGGCAUCUGAAGCUGUUCAGAUGGCCAUCGGGGGUCCCAUUGCCGAGUUUGAAAGGCUUCUUCACUUUUCUUCUCCAGUUAUUUGUCAUUCAUACAGUUCAGUAGCUUGUCAAACUUGCUUGCGGGACCAGGUUCCUAGUGGUCUAUUGUGUAGACAUGAGACACCAAACAUCCCGUUGGGAUGCCUGUGGCAGUGGUAUGAGAAACAUGGCAGCUAUGGAUUAGAAAUAAGGGCUGAAGAUUAUGAAAAUCCAAAGAGAUUGGGUGUUGAUCAGUUUGAAUUUCGUGCCUACUUUGUGCCUUUCUUGUCAGCAGUUCAACUCUUUCGGAACAGUAAAAGUCAUUCCACCGCAAACAACACCACAAUUUCUUCUCCUGGAGUUUCUGAGGGUUAUGAUACUGGUUCCACUUCAAGAAACUUUACCAAUGUCAGUCACCUUCCAAUAUUGUCAGUGCUUGUACCCCAGCCACGCACUUCAGAACCAAGUAGUCAUUUGCCAGUAAAUGAUGUGGUUAGAUCAGAACCAUCUCUAGUUUCUUCUAAGGAUGGGUUGUCUGCCAAAUCAGUUGACAUGGCAUGGUCAGAUUGUCUAGAACCAGUUUUUGAGUACUUUGAAUCUGAACAGCCUCAGCAAAGACGGGCAUUAUAUGAAAAGAUACAAGAACUGGUUAGAGAUGAUGUUUCUUCUCGGUGCAAAAUGUAUGGGGAUCCAGUUCAUCUGAACUCCAUAAAUAUACAUGAUCUGCAUCCUCGAUCUUGGUAUUCUGUUGCAUGGUAUCCUAUUUAUAGAAUUCCAGAUGGAAAUUUUCGUGCAGCAUUUUUGACUUAUCAUUCACUUGGCCAUUUGGUUCGUAGAAGUUCCAAGUUUGAUUACCCUAGUAUGGAUGCAUGUAUAGUAUCUCCUGUUGUGGGUCUUCAGAGUUACAAUGCCCAGGGUGAAUGCUGGUUCCAGCUGAGGCCCUCUACCGUGAAUGAUUUCUCUGAAAUCCAUGGCUUAAGCCCUUCAGGAAUACUGAAGGAGCGAUUAAGGACUCUCAAGGAGACUGCAUCUCUUAUGGCAAGGGCUGUUGUGAACAAGGGAGAUCAGACUUCAGUUAACAGACACCCCGAUUACGAGUUCUUUCUCUCUAGGCAAAGAUAGUUAUCUCUGUGCAGCUCACCUGGUGACCUCUUCAGCUUGUAAAAUAGUUCAGCUAUGUUCAGGUAGAAGCUAACCUAUAAUAGGGAGUUCAGUUCAUAGUGUUCUAUGGCCAAUGGAUGUUCUAUAUCUGUACAGUUGUUUGUAUGAGUACCUUUGUAUUGAUUUUAAAGGAAUGUUAGUCUUAAAAAACUUCAUAUAGGUUGCAUAGCUUUAGCAGCCCCCGAAAUGAUGUAUAUAUGUUUGUUUCAUGAAAGUUGGAAGUUUCCUA